GGAUUUUCCCUGGCAGAGGGAAUUUUGAAUUUUCCUGCGAUUUAUACUCUUACUCUCAUAAUAAAGUUAUAUAUGAGUCUAAUAUAAUUUAUUAAAAAACCCGGUUACCUAAGGACUAUGUGUUUUUGUCUUACGGAGUAAGAAGACUAGAAAAAGCUCGUGAUAAAGUGAGUCCAAUGGCAGAUACUGAACUUGUCAAGCCAGUAACAACAGACCGCUAGAGCUCUUUAAAUCUCCAUUGUAACAUCUCGGUUUUACUUCAUGCUCGCUGUGUAAUACACAAUAAUGAAAGCGAUGAAAAUGGAGACUACCGAAAUAAAACAGAUUCACGCCGACAAAGACCUCAUCUGUAGUCUUUGUAAGAGAUGUGACAACAUUCCGGAUAAGUAUGGAGAGAAGAUCACCCUCCAACAGCACAAACUGACAGUCCACUAUUUCUGCUUGCUGAUGUCUAGUGGAAUAUGUCAGAGAGGGGAGGAAGAUGAAGACGUUCAUGGUUUUCUUGUGGAUGACAUAAAAAAGGAGAUCCGCAGAUCUUCAAGGCUGAGGUGCAUGUACUGCAAAAAGAUUGGUGCUUCGGUGGGGUGCUCCAUCAAAAGAUGUCGGCAAAUGGUCCACAUGCCCUGUGGGUUAGAGCAGGAGUUUAUUUUCCAGUUCACCGACUUGUUUCCGUCUUUCUGUAAAAAGCAUGCACCUAGUCAGUCUUGGGUCUCUAGCCCCAGUCUGCCCCUCUCUUGCUCCGUCUGUCUGGAGCCCAUUGAACCCGUCCUCUCCUACAAUGUUCUCAAGUGUCCUGUGUGCCAUGGCAGCUGGUUUCACAGAAACUGUGUACAGCGUUAUGCACACAGCGCUGCCAUGUUUUUCUUCAAAUGCACACUCUGUAAUAACAAGGACCAGUUUCAGCAGGAAAUGCUCAGAAUGGGAAUAUAUAUACCAGAGCGGGAUGCAGCAUGGGAACUGGAGGAAAAUGCAUUUGGAGAUUUAUUGCAAGUGUACCAGCACUGUGAUGCUGUGAAGUGUCACAGUCACAGAGGUCGUAAAUACAGCUCACAGUCAGGGUAUUUUGAAAUUGUUCGUUGCAAGUUGUGUGGAUCUAGGGGAACUCAUCGAAAAUGUUCCAACCUUAAGCUUUACGAAAGCGACUGGAUCUGUGCUGACUGUAAAGCUGCUGUUGAGGGAAAAAAGUCAGUGUCAUUGCCAAACUAUGUUGAAUCACCACUGACUCUAAGGCAAGAGAGGAAGCGGCUGUUUAAAAAAGAGGAGGGAAGAGAUGACGGCUUAAAUCUGCCUGAUCUCUCUGACCUUCACUCUUCAAUCAUCAGUAAAAGGCAGUGUGUGCCAGCCACUUCUCCAGAGGUCUUAAUGGAUCUGGCCUGUCAGAUAUCACAGCAGCAGUCCACAGAGGUGCUAGUGGAAGACGAUGAGGGGGUGUUGGAAGCAGCUCUGCAGGCUCUGCGGCAAAGUGACUUUAAUCCCUUCUGCACACUUUCUGUGAAAUUCUCCAAAGACAAACUAAACAACAACAUUAGAAAUCAGCGUCGCUUCCUCAGACGGCUUGUUUCGAAACUGUUGAUGUCAGAAAUCUUUGAGGGACCUGAUGGAACUAAAAACCUGGCUUUGAACUCAAAAGCUCUGAGGGAUGAUCUCUACUUUGAAGUCGGCAGUCUGUUGGCCCUCUCUUUGGUUCACGGAGGUCCUCCUUUGGGCUUCUUCUCUCCCGCACUGUACCGUAGUCUGUUUAACUACCCCACAAACUACAGACCUACGCUACAAGACCUUGGAGACACUGCUUUUGCACACAAAAUCAGACAGAUUGUAGAAGCAAACUCCAUGAAGGAGCUGAGAUGCGCAAUGCAGUCAGCGUCACAAUAUUUGGAAGCAGCAGGUUGCUGGCGAAAGAUCAGCAAACUCUCAGAGAAGGACGUGUUGGUGGAGGAUGUACUAAAUUUCUACCUGAUCAUCAGACUACAGCUGCCUCUGCAGAGAUUUCGUGAAGGAUUGAGGACACUGGGACUGUUUGAGCAGGUUCAGAUGUGUACAGAGGCUUUCCAUUCAGUCUUCUGUGGGCCUGUGGAAAGGCUCACAGCUGAAUCAGUCAUGGAGCUCUUGUCCGUCCAGUUUUCAGAAGAAAAAGAGCAACAAGAAAAAGAGAGCACAACAUUAAACUUUUGGAAAAAGUAUCUGCAUGAGUGUGACGAGGGUCGGUGUGCCGCAUCACUCGAGGACCUCCUAACAUUUGCCACUGCUACAGAUUUGGUUCCAUCCAUUGGAUUCCAUCCCACUCCCUCUAUUUCAUUCUUCAGCUCAUCGGACCCCUCGUGUGCCUUUCCUCAGAGCCACUGUGAUGCAAAUCAUCUCAUUCUGCCAAUACUACCCUCAUAUGAGCUCUUCAAGAAACACUUGGAUUACACAUUGUGUCAGUUCUCCGUCAUGCAGGACAUUUAAAAAAAAAAAAAAACUGGAUAUUUCACUAUGUUUACAGCGUAGAUUUACCUAAUGAUCUACAAUGGUCUAUUUAUUGGGGUUAUUGAGUGUUAUAUAAACAGUAUUUUUCAACCUAACUCACGUUAACAUUAUUUGAUCAUAGAUUGCUCCUCACUUUAUCAUUAACCCAGCUGUUGCUAAGUCAUCACAGUUAAUUAUCAGUAAAUUGGAAUCCCUGAACAGAAAACAAAGACAGCUUUUAACAGCUUUGCUUUGAGCCGCUUAGCCACAUUAGGUCUUCAGCUGCAAAGCAAUACGUGUUCCACAAACUUAGAUCUGAUAAGAUAGUUCUUUGUGUUUGAGUUUAUCUUGUAAAUUUAGGUGCACAGUUCAGAAGGUCACAGGUUAUAGCUUGUAGCGUGGCCAGAGUUUACACUAUUGAGUAGUUCUGUGUUGUUGAACAGCAUGGGUAUUUAGCAGUAAUGGGAAUUUGAUUUGAUUCAACAGUUCACAAUAACAACAGGUUGUAAUUUUUUGUUAGCCACAAGAUGGUGCAAUUGUCAAAUAUUAUUAUUUAUUUAUUUUUUUGCCAUACAAUGGCUGACUGCUGCCACUAUAUGAACCAGUAGUUACUGAGUUGAAUGAUCUCACUGUUUUGUGCCAGAGACCAGAAGCUGGUUUUGUUUUUGUGUAAUGUUUUACUUCUCCAGAAGUAGUUUAAGUGUGUAUGAUAGUUUGCCAGCUCUAUA